AUACUUUCAAUUGACAAUUUCACUCCAGGAAGACAGUUUCGGUCUCCAGAGCAGAGAGUGAAACUGACAUUGACUCCUAGUAACAGAAUAUCAAGAUAAAAACAUUGAUUAUUUUGCUUUAGAAGCCUAAUUUGUUGUUGUUUUGAACAAGCGCCUUUCAGCAGCGGAGUCGUGCAUCUGUCUCGCACGGAUGGAUCCAGGGAUUUGGCGAGCAGCAAGGGUGACAAGACGGGUGGCUAGGCUGCUCCAAUGUGCUUUGCUGCUUUUGUGUUGCAGAACAGUGUCGCCGUCUAGCCUCACAGUGACGGGGAUUGUGGGUGAAAGUGCCCUCCUGCCCUGUCUGGACACCAACGUGGGGGAACAAGCCAACAAUGAUAUUCGUGUUUACUGGCAGGUGGCCACUCGGUUAAUCCAUUCCUUCCAUAUGGGCAGAGAGGACAACACAUCGGGCCUGGGCACCAGGGCAAGGCUGUUCACCGCAAAGUUCAAACACGGCAACUUCUCCCUUCUUCUCACCAACCUCCGAGUGAGCGACGCAGCCACGUACACAUGCCUCAUUCAGUUGAAACACCCCACUGAGGGCAACAGCGUGGUUCUACGAGUUACAGUCACACUACAAGUAGCAGCCCACUUUGCCAAGCCGACCCUGAGUACGCAUCUGUCGGAGGGACAGCAAGGUGCAGGAGGGGUGCUGAGGCUGACCUGCUCCUCCUGGGGAGGGUAUCCAGCCCCAUCAGUGGGCUGGACCUGCGGGUCCCUGAACCUAGAUCCGAACAGCACGGCCACAACCCACACCGACUGCUCCCCGCAGAGACUGUGCAACGUAACCUCGUUCCUGUGGGUGUCUGCUGGAGUACACUGCAUCACCUGUAGCAUUUACAACACCAGGCUGAAGGAGAAACAAACUGAAACCUUUACCGCAAUGUCUUUCCCGCUAGAGAAUACGAAGGAAAUGGUUGUGUCGAAGAGAGCCAAACGUUUCUGGUGGGUUGAGCUGAUCGCCAUCGCUGCUAUCACAGUGCUGCUGCUGCUCUGCCUCUUUCUACGAAAUGUUUUACUAAAUGAGGAUCUCGAGAGGCUUCGUUCAGCACUCCUUGCCGAUAUGACACAAGCGGUUAACUCUGUCCUAAAAAGAGAACUUGAAGUGGCUUUGUCGCCGGUGAACACCAGUCUGGAGCAAGUUAAAUCCUAUUACGAAAUGCAUGAUGAACGCAUUCGCGAGGUUGAAGACGGCCUGAAUGACCACAGUGACAGACUGGAUAAACAUCGUAUCAUCACCAAACGGAGGCAGGAACUGUCCUUCCGAGGGCACUGGGUGUUUUUUCAUGAGGAUUUCAGCGCGGAGCUGGGGAGAAAACGUGCAACUUUUAGGGAAAUAAAAUCCCUGCUCUACGAGAAAGGGGUUUGGUUUUACCUCCUGUAUCCUGCCCGGCUCCAGGUCACUCAUGAAGGUAAAAAGCACGACUUCGAUACACAAGUGGCUGCCAAAAAGUUUCACUACUCGCGCUGGGGAGGUGACGGCCGUGAAGAACAAUGA